AUGACAAUUGGUCUUUCGAAUUGUUUCGGACAUGUUAUUAUUGGAUAUUUAGCAGAUCUUAAAUCUGUUAAUCGUCUGACAUUAUACAAUUCAACAUUGAUUAUAUCCGGUUUAGCAACAAUAGCUGCUCCAUAUAGUGGCUCUAAUAUUCUUCCUCAUUUGAUAUAUGCAUCAUUUUUUGGUUUCUUCUCUGGUGGAUAUGUUGGAUUAACAUCAAUAAUUACUGUUGAUCUUGUUGGUAUUGAUAAAUUAUCUAAUGGAAUGGGUAUUAUAUUACUUUUUCAAGGAAUAGCUACUGCUAUAGGUACUCCAGCUGCUGGCGCAAUGCGUGAUGCAUUUGAAAAACAUGCUCGACCAUUUCUUUGGCCUUAUUUUAUGUUUGGUUCUUUUGUUGUGUUAAGUGGUAUUAUACUGUUUACAAUUCCAAUUUUAAUACGAAUAGAUAAAAAUCGUCAAAAUUUAUUAAAACUUCCAUCGGACACAAAUGUUCUUUCUCAUUUAGAUAAUAAUUCAUCUUCUCAUUGA